AUGAGUGACGAGGAGCUCCGCUGCUUUGUGGGUGGCCUUUCGUGGGGCACGGAUGACCGCGCUCUUUCGGAUGCUUUCCACGACUAUGGAGCUGUUGACGCUAAGGUUGUGAAUGACCGAGAAACCGGCCGCUCCCGAGGGUUUGGAUUUGUGACAUUCAACGACAAGGCCGGCAUGGACGAUGCUAUCAAGGCCAUGAACGGCAAGGAACUUGACGGCCGGACUAUCACCGUCAACGUUGCUCAACCUCGUGGAAGUGGAGAAUCUGCAGGCAGGCAUCCCUCCUCCGCCUCGUCCGCACCUCUCCUCACACACCCCCCUUUUUCGAUCCCACCAACCAAGGCAUGCCGUACCCCGAAUUUGCAGGCAGCAGAGGGAGUGGGCUCUGCCGGCCAUCGCUCUUGCCUCAUUCCUUUCCCUCUUUUCCCCACCUCUUCCCCUCCCAAGGCAUGCCGUAACCUCAGAAUCUGCAGGCAGCAGAGUGCAUGGAGGGCAUUAUCCGGCAUUUUCCUGAGGGAGGGGGCUAACCUGCAGGCAGCAGAGGGCGUGGAGGAUAUUAUUCGCCAGGAGGGGGCAGUGCCGGCUGAACGCAUGCCGUACCCACAGAACCUGCAGGCAGCAGAGGGCGUGGAGGGUACUAUUCGGAAGGAGGGGGCUGUGCCGGCUAAACAUCAUCCCUGCCCUACCGACCUCUCGCACCCGCCUCCCCCACCCCCAGAACCCUCAGAACCCCUGCAGGCAGCAGAAGGCGUGGAGGCUAUUAUCCGCCGGGAGGGCGCUGUACCAGCCACCAUUGCCAUCAUUCUUGAGGCGCCUCAAAUGCAGGCAGCAGAAGGCGUGGAGGCUAUUAUCCGCCGGGAGGGCGCUGUACCAGCCACCAUUGCCAUCGUGGCUCCCGCAUCUCCCUUCACCCCCUGCCCCCACCACCCAAGGCAUGCCAACCUGCAGGCAGCAGAGGGCGUGGAGGGUAUUAUCCGCCAGGAGGGGGCAGUCUCGGCCACCAUUGCCGUCACUGCUGAGCUGCCUGUGCUUCUCCCUUCACCCCCUGCCCCCACCACCCAAGGGAUGCCGUAUCCACAGAACCUGCAGGCAGCAGAGGGCGUGGAGGAUAUUAUCCGGAGGGAGGGGGCAGUGCCGGCCACCAUUGCCAUCAUUGACGGCCGGCCGUGCAUAGGGUUGACGGCCUCUCAGCUGCAGCACCUGGCACGGGACGGCCAUUCGGCUGUGAAGGCUGCCAGAAGAGACGUGGCUCUCGUGGUGUCUCAAGCCCUCACAGGAGCCACCACUGUAUCGGCCACCAUGCUGCUUGCUCACAAGGUGGGCAUAGCUGUGUUUGUCACGGGUGGCAUAGGAGGCGUGCACCGAGGGGGAGAGAGCACAAUGGACAUCUCGUCUGACCUUACAGAGUUGGGUCGAACACCCGUGGCCGUGGUGUGUGCAGGAGUCAAGUCAGUGCUCGAUAUUCCUCGCACUCUUGAAUACCUGGAGACGCAAGGGGUGACAGUGGUGGUGUACGGUGCCAAGGAGUUCCCAGCGUUCUUCACACCACAAUCAGGCUGCCCUGCACCCGCCACUCUCAGCGACCCUGCCAGCUGUGCAGCUCUCAUUGACGCCAACCACCGCAUGCAGCUCUCGAGUGGCAUGGUGAUUGCAGUGCCGGUGCCCUCGGGGCAGGCAGCAGAGGCGGAGGAGGUGGAGCGAGCAACACAGCAGGCACUCACAGAAGCAGACACACAAUGCGUGAAGGGCGCACAGGUCACCCCAUUCGUGCUCAAGCGAAUCAAGGAGCUGACAGGAGGGGCGUCACUCACUGCAAACAUUGCACUAGUGAAGAACAAUGCCAGUUCACCCCCAUUCCCACCUCUUCUCCCCAUCCCCAUCUCCCCACUCACACUCCACAUUCCAAUCCCUCACCCUCUCUCAACCCCUCUCACCCCUCCCCUCACCUCCCCAAUUUCCCUCCUCUCCCCCCUCUCCUUUCCCCAUUCUCCCCCUCUCCGCUCUCUCCCUUCUCUCCCCUCUCACCUCCCAUUCCCCCUCGUUUUGAUCGUCACAGAGUUCUACGAGAUUCGACGAGAAGCAGAAACAGUUAAAGAGCAACUGGCAGCCAUCAGAGCCACUGCCGACGUGCCACGUCAGCGUGCAGUCAUUGCUGACCUGGAGCGUGACGUGGCAAGGGAGGACCUGUGGGAGGAUCCAGCUCAGGCGCAGCAGCUGAUGACUCAGCUUACGGAGCUGAAGGACGGCGUCCGGGAGGUUGAGGAAUUCGCAGAUAAGGUGGAGGAGGUGUCUCUUAUAGUGGAGCUGCUAGAAACGGAGCAGAUGCCAGACGCGUCACUGGUGGAGGAGGCGAGGGAGGGGCUGCAGUGGGUGCGGGGGCACAUGGAGCGAUACGCUGUGGCUCAGCUGCUCUCAGGGCAGUUUGAUCGUAAAGGCGCCCGGUUGACUAUUGCUGCUGGCGCUGGCGGCACUGACGCCCAGGACUGGGCGGACAUGCUCCUACGCAUGUACUCGCGGUGGGCAGACAGGCGGGGCUUUAAGAAGCGAGUGGUGGAGCGGUCGGACGGGGAGGAGGCAGGGAUCAAGAGUGCUACUCUUGAAGUGGAGGGGCGGUAUGCGUAUGGGUACCUGAGCGGGGAGAAGGGCACUCAUAGGCUCGUUAGGCAGUCACCGUUCAACGCCAAGGGGCUCAGACAGACGAGUUUCGCGGGGGUGGAGGUGAUGCCUUUACUAGAAGAGGAGGCGAUCAAGGUGGAGAUUCCCGAGGAUGACCUGGAUGUGUCCACUAUGAGGGCGGGCGGCAAGGGCGGGCAGAACGUGAACAAGGUGGAGACUGCAGUGCGCAUGGUGCACGUACCCACGGGGAUUGCCGUCAAGUGCUCAGAGGAGCGGUCGCAGGCGCAGAACAAGGCAAAGGCGCUUGCAAUGCUCAAGGCGAAGCUGCUCAUUAUCCUGGAGGAGCAGAGAGCAGCGGAGAUCAGAGAAAUCCGGGGAGACGUUGUGAAGGCGGAGUGGGGGCAGCAGAUUAGGAACUACGUGCUGCAUCCGUAUAAGCUGGUGAAGGAUUUGAGGACGGAAGGUCCCUCUGUGGCUGCUGCCAAGGAUCAAGAGCUGGACCUUGAUUAUCAUGAGGAUUCAACUCAGGUGUCCACACAAGAAUCAGCUAAUCAGACGAAGACUGUACAAUCCGUGUCUCGCGAUUCCGACGAGGAAGACGAAUGGGCUGAACUAGCCAUGACCGUCAAGCUGUGCCUUGCUACAGCUGCUCCCUCGGAGAAACUAUUGGAAGAGCACGUGAAGCUGGCUCCUUCAGGAGAAUACGACUUCCUGGAAAUCUCCAUGGCAUCGAGCGCUAAGGGAUCAGGUUCUGGAGGUUGGUCUCCUACGCAGCAGUUUGAAGUGGCUCGCCCGACCCCUCGCUAUGCCGAGCUUCUCUCGCAGCUUCCGUCCGUGUUCGUCGGCGGACGUCAGCGACUCAAACCCCUUGUCACUGCUCUGGCUACUGCCAUGAACCUGUCACUUCAAAGCAGUGGAAUCGCUAUUGCUCCCUGGCGCCGAUCUAAGUACCUUCUAAGCAAGUGGUUCCCCACAACGGAUGCUGGAACUGCUAUCCCUGAGGCUCGCACCCAGAUCCUACCAGAGAUGGCGGCGGGAGACCUUCCUACCCCUGUGCCAGCCAUGCCUACGAACCUGCCAGUCGCAACAACCGCUGAAUUGGUUGCUGCUGCGACCAUGAAAGCUGCUGACGCCUUACCUGGCUUUGUAGCAAUGCCUGUAGCUGCCGGUGUGGUGAACGACACAUGCCAGAACGGCGAGAAGGGGCUUGGCAAAGCUGGAAGCACCAAGGUUCCUCGGGUAGUGACUGACAGUCUGGCAGAGAUGUCUCAGCUGCAGCUGCUGGCAAGCAAGGAGGUACUCAAGUGCUGCCAUAACCACAAUCUGGCACACCAGAAGAAUACCAAUGUCUCUUCAGCUGCUGUUGGCGCCGUUGGUGCUGCUGGUGUGGUAGGGUUUGCUGUUGAUGACUGGAAGCCUCCCGCAGUCGCUGCCAAGCGUCGGCCUGCUUGCAGGGAGGGCUGUCUGUCCCUCUGCAUGCGCCUUCAGGAGAGGGAGGAGGGGGAGGUGUAUUGA